AUGCAGACAAGUGUCUGGGACGAUAAGUCCAACCGAGGUCCAUUUGAAGUGCAGGAGCAGCUUGACAAUCCCCAAAUGGAGCCGUCCUUCCUUGGGCACCAUCCGAAACCAUAUGAAUGUCUUGAGUGUGGAAAGACCUUUCAAUCGAAAGAUGAAUUGACUACUCAUCAAAGAGUCCACACAAGAGUGAAACCCUAUAAAUGCCUGGAUUGUGCCAAGAGCUUCACUCGUCUCCCACGUCUCACUAGCCAUCAAAGAAUUCACACAGGGGAGAAACCAUUCAAGUGUAUGGAGUGUGGCAAGCGCUUCAGUCAGAGUUCAGUCCUUGCUCGCCAUCAAACAAUUCACACAGGGGAGAAAGCCUUUGAAUGCCAGGAGUGUGGAAAAACCUUUCGAUGGAAGGAUGCAUUGACUGCUCAUCAAAGAGUCCACACAGGAGAGAAACCCUAUAAAUGCUUCGAGUGUGGCAAGAGCUUCACUCAGCGCACACAUCUCGCUCACCAUCGGAGAAUUCACACGGGGGAGAAACCAUAUGAAUGUCUUGACUGUGGAAAGAGCUUCGGGACAAAAGGAGCCCUUGAUGUUCAUAAAAGGAUCCACACAGAGGAGAAAGCAUUUAAAUGCUCAGAGUGUGGAAAGGGCUUCAGUGCAAAAGGGCAACUCACCACUCAUGAAAGAAUCCACACAGGGGAGAAACCAUUCAAGUGUAUGGAGUGUGGCAAGAGCUUCAGUUGGGGCUCAGGCCUUGCUUGCCAUCAAGCAAUUCACACAGGGGAGAAACCGUAUAAAUGUUUGGAGUGUGGUGAGAGCUUCACUAAGUCCUCAAAUCUCACUCGCCAUCAGAGAAUUCACACGGGGGAGAAACCAUUUGAAUGCCAGGAGUGUGGAAAGAUCUUUCGAUUGAAGGUACUAUUGACUAGUCAUCAAAGAAUUCACACAGGAGAGAAACCAUUUGAAUGCCAGGAGUGUGGAAAGAUCUUUCGAUUGAAGGUACUAUUGACUAGUCAUCAAAGAAUUCACACAGGAGAGAAACCAUUCGAAUGCCAGGAGUGUGGAAAAACCUUUCAAUUGAAGGGUGGAUUGACUGCUCAUCAAAGAGUCCACACAGGAGAGAAACCGUAUAAAUGCUUGGAGUGUGGCAAGAACUUCACUCGGCGCUCAAAUUUCACUCGCCAUCAGAGAAUUCACACGGGGGAGAAACCAUAUGAAUGUCUUGAGUGUGGAAAGAGCUUCAGGACAAAAGGAGCCCUUGAUGUUCAUAAGAGGAUUCACACAGAGGAGAAACCAUUCAAGUGUAUGGAGUGUGGAAAGGGGUUCAGUGGGAAAGGGCAACUCACCACUCAUGAACGAACCCACACAGGGGAGAAACCAUUCAAGUGUUUGGAGUGUGGCAAGUGCUUCAGUCGGAGCUCAGGCCUUGCUUGCCAUCAAACAAUUCACACAGGGGAGAAACCGUAUAAAUGCUUGGAGUGUGGCGAGAGCUUCACUCAGCCCUCAAAUCUCACUCGCCAUCAGAGAAUUCACACGGGGGAGAAACCCUUUGAAUGUCAUGAGUGUGGAAAGACCUUUCGUUCGAAGGCUGAAUUGACUACUCAUCAAAGAAUUCACACAGGAGAGAAACCGUAUAAAUGCUUGGAGUGUGGGAAGAGCUUCACUCAGCCCCAAGCUCUCACUUGCCAUCGGAGAAUUCACACAGGGGAGAAACCAUAUGAAUGUCUUGAGUGUGGAAGGAGGUUCAGGACAAAAGGAGCCCUUGAUGUGCAUAAAAGCAGGGUAAGCUCAGUUGGAUCCUUCACAGGAGGAAAAAGGUGGGAGAUAAAUGCAAUGUAAUGAGAAUAACUCUGUUGGAGAGUGAAGAGUACAGGAAUGAAGUGCCCCUGAAAGUCUUUUGCAUGCGGAGGAUGCUUGCCCAGGCCACCCUUUUCUCCUGUCUGUGCAGCGUAUCCUCUCCCACCCGUGUUUUUGCUACCUCUCUGCCCUGCCUUGAAUUAUUUUAUCUGCAAGAUCUUAGGAUUCCUUGCAAGAAGAAGACAGAUUUUCGUACAAAUCACCAAAUGUAAUAAGAAAUAAGAAUAAGAAGCUUUGACACUAA